AUGUCAAUCUUCACGUCUGUUAUAAAACCCAAUCGAAAUCUACUUAAUCCAAAGUUUGAGGGUUACCGUCUCAAUAUAUUUGAUGAUGAGAAACACCUUCUUCGCGUUCCACUUCCUGAGCCUGGAAUUAAUAUUCCAAAGGUUCCUGUAAAUGCAAAUUUAUCUUACAAUGAAAUGCAUAGCCUAGUACAUUACAAUCAUUUAUUCGCUGGCUUUACAGCGGAUAUUGGAAACGCACUUUAUUUUGACUCGGAGCUUCAGAUAAUUCUUGUAGAAUAUGACCUGAUAAAGGAUUCUAUAAUCAUGCAUCCUCUUAUUAAAUUACCAAAAUCAACAACGAUAAGUGGAUCCGUAUCUAGUUCCUGUUAUCCUUCUUUAAGAGCUCUUUCCGCAACAUUGUUAUUGGCAUCCAAUGGCCUGGGAAACAUUUAUCUAUUAAAAAUAUCCAGAAACGUAGAAAGUCAAGUUGUAACUGCAGAGAUUAUCAAAAAUAUUAACUUUUAUGGAUAUUCUGAAGUGGGCGAUGAUGCUGCAAUUAAAAAGACCGUAAUUACACCCUGUGUUCUUUUAGAUGGCAAAAUUAUUGACGAGGGUGAAUCUGCGCAAAUUUAUUUUAUCGUAUAUAAUGUUCUAGUUUCCAAAUAUUCUUCGUCAUCCUCAUUAUCAACUUCGUCGCAAAAAACAAGCAAGAAAUUAUUUGAUGUCACCCUUCUGCAAAUGUCUCUGGAUGCUUCAUCAUCAGGUGCUGAAGUGAAACAUGUUCUUCGAGGACCCGAUAUUCCAUUAUAUUGUGCCCUUGACAUGAAAGGGGAAGGGUAUAUUAUUGGAUGUACUGGUGAAUAUUCGGUAUUAUCUUUAAAUAAUGCCAAUAUAUCGACAUCAGAAAAAGAACAAGAAAUUUUGGAAGAAAAACAGUGUGAUGAAAAUAUAAAAAAAGAAGAAGAAACAAAGGAUGAAUCUUCUCCGCCUUAUUUAUGGACACAGACAGAUUCUGAUGUUUCCAUCAAUUUUCAAUUGCCACCUGGAACACCGAAGACUGCAGUUCAUUGUAGUUUUUCCAAGACACAUCUUUCAUUGACUAUAAAAUUACCGGGUAAUUCUUCAGAAUCUUCUUCAAGUGAACCUAGUUCAACAUCGAAAUCUCCAUCCAUUCCUUGCUAUGCUUUCACUAAUUUACAUGAUGAAAUCGACCCUUCUGCUUCUCUCUGGACCAUCGAGUCAAAAAUAGGAUUACUUACACUAUAUCUUGAAAAGCAGAACAGGGGAACACGUUGGAUGCACGUAUUCAAACAUGAUGAUGGAGUUUUGGAAACUCUUGACCCAAAUGAGAUUGCUGAAUUUCGAGAACGUCUCGAGAAAUUUACAUCUAGUUCUACUGAUGGACAACCAUUUGCUUCGACUCUUCAUCAUCCAAUAGGACAUGAAAUAGAGGAGUCUAUUGACUAUGAAGGACGAUAUGUGAAGUUUUUUUGGAUCGAAAAACAAGGAAACAUUACGGCUAAAUUUGCGGGUGGUAGUCAUGAAUUUCUUUGUCCACAAUUCGAAUGUUUUGGGAGAAAAGACAUUGAAUCAUCAAUUAAUAGAUUCCCAUCUGUUUGUCUUAAAUAUGAUGUCGAUGGUUUAGUAUAUGAAUUUCAACAUUCAUCUGGAUUUCCACCAAUCACUGUUACUCAUGUGUCAACAUUUGAUGCUUUUGGAUUUGUUCAAGCUUCUAAACGUGAAAAACGUCAUUUAUUUCAUGACCCUUUAAAUAGAUUUAUUAUGGUCCUUGAAAGAACCCAUCGUGCUUUUAUUUAUUGGCAUAUUGAAGACCAAACUAAACGUGAUUUCGGUAAACAAACUAUUGUUGACAUUAUAGGAGAAUCUAAAGACGAAGAUGUCCUUGGAGUUCAAAUGGUUGCGGACAGUGUUAUUCUGGUGUUAUUGACAAAGACAAUUGUUGUCAUCAAAUUAUCCUAA